AUGAAUAAAAUGGAUGAUAAUAAUCGAUAUCAUCCAUAUUAUCGAACAAAAAAUUAUAAUAAUGAUAGACGAUAUGAUCAUGAUUAUAAAUGGCAAUAUAAGAAAAAUAAUAAACAUCAUUAUCAAUAUUCAACAUCAAGACGUGAUAAUAGAAAUUAUAAUGAUCUUUCUUAUCGACGUUCACAUAGAAAUGAUUAUCAUUAUCAAAAUCAACAAUCAAAAUCGAGAUCUUAUACUUAUUUUUCUACACAACCCCAACCAUUAAUGUCUUCUCAAGUAUCUUCAUUGCCUUCCUCUCCUUCUCCGCCACCUCCACCUCCACUUCCAUCAUCACUUACGGUUGUACCACAUGAACGUGAAUCAUGGAUUCGUUCAGUAAAAAAAACUAAAAUGAAUGAAAGUAUUGAACAAAAAACACAAUAUCUAGAAACAAUGCUUCGUAUGCCACAACAACAAAAAUCUCUAUUAAAUUCAUCAAGAUUUGAUCGAAUGCGUUUUGCUGACAAACAAUUACCUACAACAACAACUAUAACUAAUAAUGAUAGUUUAGAUAAUAGUUCUUUUCAUUUAGUUGGCAAUAUUAAUAAUCAUGAUGAAAUUUUUACUAUAGAAAAAAUUUUAUUUGAUAAUGAACUUAACCAGCAAACGAAAACAGAUGAUAAAUGUGCAAAUCAUGAAUCAUUACCAACACCACCAUCAUCCAUCAUCGAAUGUGAAUCAACUUUACAAAAAGAUCCACAAUCUGUGCCUUGUUCUGGUUUUCUUAUCGAUAAUUGUGAUGAAGAAGAGCUUCCACCCGUAUCAUCUCCACCUCGACUUCCUCUUCCUCCUCUUUCUACUAAUGAAUUGAUCGAACAGAAUGAUGAAGAUAUUAAUGAACAACGUGUUAUGUUAGUUAGUGAGCUUGAUGCUGCCGAUGCUGAACAAAAACAAGAAUUAAAACGUCAAAAACGAUUGCAUAAAAAAUUACAAAGGAAAAAGAAAGAAACUAAACAAGUAAAAAUGAAAACUGAAGAACAACAAACAAUCUUGACUGUUAAUAAUGAAGAACAAGAAUCAUUAUCUGAUUGGAUUAUUGAAUAUGACAUUAAUGGAAAUAAUCAAAUUUCACAAUUAACUGAUGAAGUUCGAAGAACAUCAAUAACAACGACUGAUGAAGAUAGAACAGCAAAAGUUAAUAUGAUUUUAAUGAAAAUAAAAAAGCAACAAGAAGAAUUAAGAAAGUUAAGACAAUAUGUUAUGUCUAUGUUAGGUGAACAACAAAAAUCACAAACAUCAAAAGUUCAACAACAAAAUUCUACUAUAGAUCAUGAUUUAUUAAUGACUUUUAUUAAUCAACCAAUAAGAUCUGGUUGUUGGUUAUGCUCAGGAAAAAUGUAUGCCGAAGCAGCUAUUCAAUGUGAUCAUGUUAAUGAACAGUAG